AGCUCAAUCGGUUCCAUUUGCUGAGGCGCGCUCGUAAUGAAAGGGAGCGCGUGAGUGGUCUUGAGCUUGGUUGUGGUGUGUGUGUGUGUGAAUGUGCUUGACUUCCUCGCUUUAUAUUGUGUGGAGGAGCGCUACCCACGUUGUUAUAGCACACCGAGAUUGUAGGUCGAAAUACGAAUCUCCUGUUCAGGGAGAACACAAAAACAAUCGCCGUAUUCUUUCCCGAAGCCUGUUAUUACAGCGUACAAAAAACAUGUCGGCCUCGACGGCAAAAGUGAGUAAAAAGGAGCUGAACUCAAACCAUGACGGAGCGGACGAGACCUCCGAAAAAGAGCAACAGGAAGCUAUUGAACACAUCGAUGAAGUUCAAAACGAAAUUGACAGACUGAAUGAGCAAGCAAGUGAGGAGAUAUUGAAAGUAGAACAGAAAUACAACAAACUCCGUCAGCCAUUCUUUCAGAAGAGGUCAGAACUGAUCGCCAAAAUCCCUAACUUCUGGGUUACCACAUUUGUCAACCAUCCACAAGUUUCUGCCCUUCUUGGGGAGGAGGACGAGGAGGCACUUCACUAUCUGACCAGGGUGGAGGUUACAGAGUUUGAAGAUAUCAAAUCAGGCUACAGAAUAGAUUUUUAUUUUGAUGAAAAUCCAUACUUUGAAAACAAAGUCCUUUCCAAAGAGUUCCAUCUGAAUGAGAGUGGAGACCCAUCCUCAAAGUCAACAGAAAUCAAAUGGAAAUCAGGAAAGGACCUGACAAAGCGUUCCAGCCAGACACAGAAUAAAGCCGGCAGGAAGAGGCAACAUGAAGAGCCAGAGAGCUUCUUUACUUGGUUUACUGAUCACUCUGAUGCUGGGGCAGAUGAGCUUGGAGAGGUCAUCAAGGACGACAUCUGGCCAAACCCCCUGCAGUACUACUUGGUUCCUGAUAUGGAUGAAGAGGAGGGAGAAGGAGAUGAAGAUGAUGAUGAGGAAGGUCUUGAGGACAUUGAUGAGGAAGGUGAUGAAGAUGAUGGAGAAGAAGAAGAGGAGGAGGAUGAAGGAGAUGAUGGAGAGGAUGAUGCAGAAGAUGACUAACCCGGAAAAUGACUAUCCCCCCACCCCCCCAUUUGGUUAUCCACCCAUAUUUGGGAGCAAGAUUUUUUUACUUUGUGCUUCUCCCCCUUUCAGAAGCCUCUCCUGUCCGUGCCAUGUUUCGUUUUUCUGUCUCAUCUAAAACAAUGGCAACUUCCUGCCUGUGAAUUGUCAAACCACCCCAAUUCCCACAUUCAUCAGAAUUUUUAAACGUACAAAAAUGUAAUCAGCACGCCAUCUUGUAGGGUUAAACCAAUAGCAAUUUAUAUAUACUUUUUCUUCCUGUUAAAGGUUGUGCAAUUAAAUGAACUAAAGCCAUGGUGUAGUAACCUAGCGCUAGCAAACCUCUUUUUUUUUGUUUAAUUUUUAUUUCCUUUUUUUUAUUAUAUAAUUUUGUUGGGGAGUAGAUCCCUACAAAUCAUGUUGCUCCCCGUGUGGUUAAAAGUGAACAGAUAGAAAGUACCAGCUCAUUCCUAUUCACCUCUUGUAAUUUUUGGGGGGUCAAUGCUGGGGUAGGAUAGCGGGAUAUCUUAGUGUGUUGGGCAGGGUGGGCAUUUGACACCAUAACUAUUUUUUUUAUUUUCAGUGUAUUGUUUUUCAGACAUCCAUAGGAUUUGAAAUGACAUUUUUAAUAAACAAAACAAAACGUUAAAAAAAAUUUGCUUGUAAAUUUGGGCCCCCACUGCUUAAUGGAAAAUGACAUGUUAUCUCAUGGAAUUUACAUCUAAUCACCUUUGUUCUUUUACCUCUUGGGUAAAAAAGAAUCUGUUUUAAACAUUGAAGGUGUACAAGUUGCUUUGUUACAAUAAAAUGUAAUGUGUACACGAA